AUGCACAUACGAACUCAUCAGAUACACAGUCUCCGUCACCCCGAAAAGAAGAUGAGCAAGUCCUAUGGAGGCGCCGAUGACGCCGGCACCAUUUGGCUCACAGAUGAUCCCGACCAGCUAAGCCGGAAGGUGAGCCGAGCUCUGACCGACUCUCAGCCAGGUGUUAGUUACGAUCCGGUGGGUCGCCCUGGUCUGGCCAAUUUGAUACGCAUUUUAGCUGCUUUGGAGGUAAACCUUAUUGCUAUUUUACACUGUAUCCAUAAUCUCAUUAUAAGUCUGAUUACACAAUUCAUUUCACGCAAAAGGUGUAGGAUGAGCUUCCAUAAAAUGUAUUAG